GUCUGACCCGCUCCCCCCUCCCCUCGCCCCGUCGCCCGGUAGAGGGUCUCUCUCUGGAGCUCAGGAUGGCGGUCGUGGAGGCCGCUGUGGUCUUUCUCCUGGUCGUGGUCGCCUCGGCUCACGGGAUUAAUGAAGCGCCUCGCAUCAUCACCUUAUUGGAGACACUGGAUGUGAUGCUGGAUCACAACGCCACCUUCAUCUGUGAGGUGGAGUCCCGCCCCCGCGCCGACAUCAGAUGGACCAAGAAUAACCACCUCAUCACGUACUAUGACCCCCGGUACAUCACCAGGGAGCAGGGACAGAUGCUCAGCAUCCCUCGCGUGAGAGAGACGGACAACGGGGAGUACUGCUGCCUCGCCACCAACGGCGUCGGAGAGGCGGCCAAGAGCUGCGGGGCUCUGCAGCUCAAGAUGAAGCCACAGAUCAAACGCCACCCGACCAACUUGACCCUUCUGAUAGAAUCCAAAGCGGUGCUGCCCUGCAUUACCCUCGGCAACCCCAAACCAGAUGUCACCUGGCUCAAAGAUGACGAGCUCAUCAAGAUCAGUGCCCGCGUUACUAUUCUAGACUACGGGGCGUUGAAGAUCCACCAGAUUCAGAAGGAGGAUGCAGGACAAUACCGCUGUGUGGCCAGGAAUAGCUUCGGACUGGCCUUUUCCAAGCCGGUCACCAUAGAGGUCCAGGCUCCAGCUCGAAUCCUGCGUGUCCCCAAGGAGAAGCGGGUAGAGUACGGCAGCCAGGUUUCCCUGGAGUGCAACGCCACGGGGAAUCCCACCCCCACCAUCACCUGGCUGGAAAACGGGAACACGAUUUCGGGUGCGUCCGUGGACGAGACUUUGACGGGCGAGGUGAUCCUGUCCGUUCUUAAAGUGGCGGUGACCAAGCCGGCCCUGUACACGUGUCUGGCCUCCAACAGACACAGCGCCGGAGCCAACACCGUCAAGGCGACGGCCAGAGUCACGAUCGCAGAGUGGAGACUCUACAAGGGCGUUGCCGGCUACUGCAGUGCGUACCGCGGCGACGUGUGCCGCGACGUCCUGCGGGACGACCUGCUGGUGUUCUUUAACUCCUCCCUCCCGGACCCCGAAGACAUGCAGGAGUACCUGGUCCAGAGCUGGUGGACGGAGCUGGAGGGCCUCGGCGCUCUGUGCAGCCCCGCGGCGCGCGCCCUGCUCUGCCACUCCUCCUUCCCCGACUGCAACCCGUCAGGGUUGGGCCCGGCGCCCAAACCCGUCUGCAGAGAACACUGCCUGGCCGUGAAGGAGCUGUACUGCCACAAGGAGUGGCUGGUGCUGGGGGGCAGCAGCUCGGUCCAGCCCGGCUUCUUCAGCUCGGUACCCGGGUCCCACGGAUCCACCUCCCUGCUGCCCAACUGCCAGGCGCUGCCCAGUCUUCUCAGGGACCCUGACGCUUGCACCCACGUCCCUUUUGUAGACAUCCAGAAAGAUCAAAUCACGACGACGUGUUUCAGUGACCGGGGACGUUUCUACCAAGGCAGCGCCAAUGUGACGAGGUCCGGGGUGCCGUGUCAGUCAUGGAGCCAACAGGUUCCCCACCAGCACCGCCUGUCCGUCAACGUGAUUCCAGAGUUGAAGAACUCCGACAACGCCUGUAGGAACCCUGGGGGAAUCAGCGACAAGCCCUGGUGUUACACCUUGAAUCCCAACAUCCGCUGGGAGUACUGCGCUGUGCCCCAGUGUGGGGAGCCGAGCAUAGUACCAGUGAUGAAGCCCGAGUCGCCAGGCCCUCCUCAGACCACUCGUCUGCCCCCCGUGGCCACGGCAUCGUCUCCGGCCUACUCCAUGUCGGUCAUCGUCAUCAUCCUGACUGCGUUUGCAGCCGCAGUCCUCCUCAUCAUCUGCAUCCUCGCCUGCCACAGGCGGAAGAAGCAGUGGAGGAACCGAAAGAGAGCGAUGGAGACCCCGACGAUGAGCACUCUUCCGUCGGAGCUCCUGCUGGAUCGACUGCACCCCAACCCCAUGUACCAGCGGGUUCCCCUGCUGCUGAACUCAAAGCUGCUGGCCCUCGAGUAUCCACGGAAUAAUAUCCAAUAUGUUAGGGAUAUUGGAGAAGGGGCCUUUGGGCGGGUUUUUCAAGCCAGAGCGCCGGGCCUGCUGACGACGGAGUCCUUGACGAUGGUGGCUGUGAAGAUGCUGAAGGAGGAAGCCUCGGCCGACAUGCAGAACGACUUCCAGCGGGAGGCGGCGCUGAUGGCUCAGUUUGACCACCCGAACAUCGUGCGACUCCUGGGCGUGUGCGCGGUGGGCAAACCCAUGUGCCUGAUGUUCGAGUACAUGGCCCACGGCGACCUCAACGAGUUCCUGCGCCGCCGCUCGCCCUCCCAGUCGGUGCGCACGCUCAGCCGCGGCAGCUUCUCCUCCGAGCUGGAGGCGGGGCUCCUCUGCUGUGACGAGCAGCUGUCCGUCUCCGAGCAGAUCGCGGCGGGCAUGGCCUACCUGUCGGAGCGCAAGUUUGUGCACCGCGACCUCGCUACCCGCAACUGCCUGGUCGGGGAGGACAUGGUCGUGAAGAUCGCCGACUUCGGCCUCUCCCGGAACAUCUACUCGGCGGAUUACUACAAGGCCAACGAGAACGACGCCAUCCCCAUCCGCUGGAUGCCCCCGGAGUCCAUCUUCUACAACCGCUACACCACCGAGUCGGACGUGUGGGCCUACGGCGUGGUGCUGUGGGAGAUCUUCGCCAACGGGAUGCAGCCGUACUACGGCAUGGGUCACGAGGAGGUCAUUUACUACGUGAGGGACGGUCACAUCCUCGGCUGCCCCGAGAACUGUCCCCUGGAGCUGUACAACCUGAUGAGGCUCUGCUGGAGCACACUCUCAUCGGACCGGCCCGGCUUCAGCAGCAUACACCGGAUACUGGAGCGCAUGCACCGAAGCCCGUCCGGCGUCGGCGCCGAUGCCGAGGCGGACUGCUAACCUGCGGACGGCGAUGGUUGUCCGUCGACUUGUGAAGUGAUCCGGUGUCAGGGAAGUACGUUUUUAAAAGAACCUCGGGACUUGAGCACGAGCAUUCUUCAGUAACCCAACCAGUUAGGGUUAUUUAAAUCAUUUAUCUCUGCCCGGCUAUUUCUUUUUUAAAGUGUUGCGGCAAAAUGACGAAAAGAGAGACGUUGAUUUGGCGAAGCAACCCAGCGGGAAGUGUUUUUUAAUGAGGCAACAGUCAACAAGUUAAAUGAAUAUUAACAUGGAUUUGUAGUGUAAAGUCAUCCCUCCCAUGAUCCGACCUUUCACCAAUCAAAUCCGUUGUUGGAGUCAGUGACCAUGAGCCCUUCCUUUUCCCAAAGAUGUUAUGUUCUUUUUGGGCUGUCCCUCGGGACCGAGCUUACUGAAAGAACCUGGCACACGAUUUACGAUUUUAUUUCAGAACCCGUUAGUCAGUGUGGGUCAUUAUCGAAUGUUCUUGCUUCAUAAACGCCCCUCAUAUCGGAGGCAUUACUUCAAGUCAGGCUACUUUUUUCGAAGGAAUAAUCCAUUACUCCCGAGUAUCUACCAGCACGCCCCCCCCCCCCCCCCUCCCCUGAGUUUUAACCUUUGAAGACCCUAAAGCCAGUUGCCAUGUGAGUAUACGCAUUUCAGAUACAAAUGCACUCUGACAUCACCCUUCGUCAUGCGUGUGGAAUCGUUUUCUUCUUCAUCAUUUUGAGCCGUUAAGCUGUAGCUAAUGGUCUGACGACCACACAUUGGGGUCUGAAGGAGAAUGGGACGUGACAGGUAAAACAUAUAUGUUGUUGUUGUUGUUAGUUCUAGCAAACUUCCACAGUGGCACAAAAUCACUUUAAAAUAAUGCUAUUGUUUUUUGUUUUUAUUAUAUAUAUUGACAAGUCGCUAUUCCAUUUUUGGGGCAUUAUUUGGUUUCUUUUUUCGUGUUAUCAAUUUGUAUGUGUGUGUGUGUGUGUGCGCGCUCAUAACGAGUACAUAUUACAGGAGAAGGGGGAAAAAAUGGUUCAUAAAUAAUUUCUUCCAUCCAGCGUGCGUCAUCAUCACCCCAUAAGUCUCACACGGACGACACACACACAUUUUGCCUCAUUAUAAUUUGGCAGAAACUAAUUGACUAAAUUCCUUCCCGUGCAUUAAAAUAGAUCCUCGUUUGGAAAGAGUAAAUCUUUAAUUGGCUCCCGCAAAGACCGACUUUCUCUCCCACGGAUCAAACACGUUGCUCAUAACGGGGUUAAACCAAUCAGUCACAUUAUUACACAAUUUCAGGAUGACGAACAUCUCUCGUGUCUUCUUUGACAGACGUCUGUUUUAUAAUGUUUAUCUUGCCUUUCAGAUGAAUGACACGUUUUAUCUCACUGUGUGUGAUGUUACUCUCUUUUUUUGUGCGUGUGUGUGUGUGUGUUACUUGGCAUAAUAAUUCAGCUUUGUAAGGUAUCACAUGUAUUUGUACUGCUUACAAAUAAACAUAAUAACCACA